ACAAGUGCCGAACUCUUGCACUCUCACUCUCAGGGUAGCUCGAAGAGAACAAAGGCAUCUAUUCUUUAUUCGCUCCGAUUCCACAAACACUGUAGUCUCUGUACUACUUGAAAGUCCCAUCCGGCAUCGCUCAUCCCACGCCACUUUCACUCGUACCGUAAUCAAUGGUAAUACUGUACUACGACUCCGAUCCGAGUACGGUAUGAUUUGGAUCAGAAUGUCAAUAAUCCGAAGCGGUACGACUUUCAGCCCGAAUCUUUUCCUUUCUCUCUUCUUCUUCGGCACGAGGCUGCUGUUGUUACUUGAGGCGUUCGAGUCCGUGAUCACAGUGCAUGCAGCAACGGCAACAACCAGUAGAAUGGGCGCGGGCAGCAGCAGCAGCAGUGGCAGCGGCGCUUCCUCUCAGAAUAUUCUCAAUCAAGCGCCAGAGCCACAGUUGGUGUUUACCGAACAAGAACUACGGCAGCGCUUGACCGCGGAGCAGUUUGCAGUCACACAGAGAGAUCUUACGGAAAGAGCGUUCACAGGAGAGUACUACAAGAACUCAGAGACCGGCAUGUACCAGUGUGUGGUGUGUGGGACACAGCUGUUCAGCUCCGACAGCAAGUUUGACAGCGGUUCAGGCUGGCCAUCGUUCACGGACCCGGAGGUGGCAGAGAGCGUCGCGCUAAUCCAGGACAACUCCAUGGGCGUACGCCGUGUGGAAGUGCGCUGCAGAAAAUGUGGUGCACAUCUGGGACACGUCUUCUCGGACGGCCCUGCGCCCAGUGGCCAGCGCUACUGUAUCAACUCUGCAUCGCUCAACUUUCACAGCCAAACACAAGAAGAAGAACUACAACAAAAACAGCAAGGACAGGAGCAAGAGCAGGAACAACAAGAUCCGCAGCAACAGGAGGAAAAGCAGCAGCAGAGGCAGGAAUCCGCUGCCGCGCUCCCAGUGGAGGACCCUCUGCCACGUAGUGCAGACACGGAUGUGAACAGUGUGCCGAAACAAGAGCUGUGCGUCGAGCUGAGAUCGCUCGUGUCCUGCUUGCCAACUCACUUGCUACAUUGACCACACAGACACCAUGGCAACCACCUGGUUAAGCCAUGGCCACCAUGUUGUGACUGAACAGAUGCUAUGGCAACCACCUGCCCAAUCCCUGACCUCCAAGCGCCAUGUUGACCCAUGCUAUGGUGACCACACAGAUGCCAUAGCAGCCACCAACCAUGUUGUGACAGCUGCUCAUUGCAGCCAUGUUGUCACACUUGUUCGUGGCAACCAUGCCAGCCCAGUUGUCCGUAGCAAUCAUACUGGCCCAGUUGUCCGUAGCAACCAUGCUGGCCCAGUUGUCCGUAGUAACAAUACUGGCCCAGUUAUAGGUAACAACCAUGCCGGCCCUGUUGUCCAUAGCAACCAUGCUGUCACAGUUGUCGGUAGAAAUCAUAUCAGGCAGACUGUGUUUGCCCUGUGUAGGCACGUGCCAUGAUCGAGGAAAUCCCGAAGCUUCCGGGUCACGGACCGCUCAUGGCCGUGUGCGUGUGCGUGAUUGUAUACCAUGCGCUCUGCCUGUGUGGGCUCCAGGCUUGUACUCUCCACGCGUCUGUGAUGGCGUGGUGGACAUGCACGUCUCUGCAUGCGAAUUGUCAGUUUGCGUGUGACAGAGUUGCCUGGCAGUUACGUCGUGCAUCAACUGCAUACACAGCUGUAUAAUGCCGUUUUCCUCUUGUCUAAUUUUUAGAUUUUUUUUAUCUUUUGAAACUAGGACUUCAUUAGAGAUUUUUACAAAAGGGACCCCAGGCAGCGGUCAGUGCUUGGCGUUGGCAACUGCCAGGUGCAUGUGUGCUAAAUGCUUAUCCUGUAUCAACACGAUUAGGGAUUGCAAGCAUCAGAAAUAUGACGCAGGGCAUAAUAAUUAUUGUGGUGGAUGGAGUGAGCAAACGCUAUGUGUUUAAACGUGUGACCAGAGCUGGACGCCCUGCCGCGCAGUAUGGGACCUCAAGCCAGUAGCGUAUUUGGCAGCCCAGUGUGCCGUCUACCGGAUCUCAGCGUCUAGCAGCGCUCGAUACGGGAGGGUCGGUUGGCGACCGGCAACAAGGCUGCGUUCGCAUUUUGCGAGGCUCCUGUCGCCGUCUUAUGGGACUCUCCGUACACGACGGUGUCGGCGUUGGAAUCGGUCAUUGAGUCAUGUUCUCGUUCUGUUUUUCUGGGUUUCCUCUCCCAACUACCGUAAAGUCGCGGAUAAAAGCCGGGCUAAUAAGUACAUAAGCCGCUUUCUGCAUCAGGCUUGUAUGCAAACCAUGCUUAUAUGCACCACUGAUAUUUUUGCCAGGCUUGUAUGCACGCUUCUACGCGCGACACGCGUAGAUCUACCACUGACUACCGGUAUGGCGGCAGUUUUACUAUGCAUGUACAUAGCGCAUGCACUCUUGACCUACCCGAUCCGCGCUUGCAUAGAAGCCAGGCUUCUACGCGCGACAGGUUUAUAUGCAUUUGACCCGUUUGAUUUUCAGGCUUCUAUCCGCGAUGUGCUUGUAUGUAUGCAAACCCGGCUUUUAUCCGCGACUUUACGGUAUUACCUUUUUCCUUCCUUCUUUCCAGUUCUAACUCUAUUAUACCGUUGAUGGUCCUGUAUUUCUCUCCCAAAACAAAUAAGCAAGGCUUUUCAUUGUGUUUAUUUUGCCAGGAAAAGAGGCCUGUUCCA